CUUCCGCUUUGCCUUUGUAAUGAUACGAGGGUAUUUUUAUUUUGUCUGUUUUUCCGUGUUUUUUUAGUACUUUUGUAGCGUGAAGUCGUCGUUUGCUCGCCUUGCUUAGUGUUUCCCAAAUCGAAACUUUUGAACAAAGCUCCGAUUGGUCAUUUAACACUCCAAGCUCAGUUUGACAUGACGCAGACGGGUGACACGGAGAGUGGCGUUCGUGAAGACUUGCUUUGUGAUCAAGUGAGCAUUUUUCCCGUUCCUUCGCUCGAUUACUUUUCCACCCAUUUCAGUGACGACGUAUUAGCAUUGAACUAUCCCGUGACGGAUACAGGAACCGAUCAGCCGAAUAAAUCUGCAAAUUCCACGCGAUUUCCCUCUCCUCCUCCGGUUCCUGGUGACGAGUCUUUCGAUAUUUUUGGCAUACCCGUUACUCGCACCGAUCAUGUACUACGGGAUCUGGAGCAGCAGAAUAUUCAACAAUUAGGAAUCGGGAUAACUAACCGCAAGAUUCUGCUCAGACGUCUCCUAUGGUCGGCGGUUGCGAAAUUUAUCGAACUGUUAGACUGCGUUGUAAAGAACCCGUAUUCGCCCGUGAGAACCGAAGCUUUCGAAGAACUUCAAACGGUUUUCAUCAAUUUUCAUCACACGGUGAACCAGUACCGACAGCCACAGGCUGAAGAAAGCUUUGUUGAACUGCUGACUUUCCAGAAGGAUCGAAAUUUGAAGCAAGCUUCUGUUCUUCUGGACAAAAUGGAUGAAGUGCUUACAGUUUUGAAUGUGGACAGUGAUGCUGCGACCAAUGGACCAUCUGAAAAUGGUGAAUCUUUGGUGUUUGACAAGACCGAAUCGACGCAGAAAUCACUGGAUGACGUACAACGAGAAGUCCGAAGUAUUCGACAAGAUCUCACUGCUUUACAGAGCGCCGAAGAGAAUGGCUUUAUUGAUCCAGUGCAGUCCGCUUAACUUCGUGCGUGUUGAUAAUAAAAAUGAAAUUGUAACUUGUAAGCAUCACUUGAAGUAGCGUCCUAGCGUGGCAUUUUUUGAUACAGAUCUGUUUGCUCUUUUAUGCAGUCCUAAUUCGACAUUUAUUCCCUUUUUUUGACAGCUUUAGGUUAUACCAGAUGGUGUUGAUACAUUUUAAGGCGGUCAGAUUCGA